UUCCCGAGCUCCUUGAGCCCUGUGGGCCGCCCCGUACCAAGAUGGCGGCGGAGGCGGCUGCCGGCAAGUACAGGAGCACUGUCAGCAAAAGCAAAGACCCGUCGGGGCUGCUCAUCUCCGUGAUCAGAACCCUAUCAACCAGUGAUGACGUUGAAGACAGAGAAAACGAAAAGGGUCGUCUUGAAGAAGCCUAUGAGAAAUGUGACCGUGACCUGGAUGAACUGAUUGUACAGCACUACACAGAAUUGACCACGGCCAUUCGCACGUACCAGAGCAUCACAGAGCGUAUCACCAACUCCCGAAAUAAAAUCAAGCAGGUGAAAGAGAAUCUGCUUUCGUGCAAGAUGUUGCUGCAUUGCAAACGGGAUGAGCUUCGGAAGCUGUGGAUCGAAGGCAUUGAGCACAAGCAUGUCCUGAACCUGUUGGAUGAAAUUGAAAACAUCAAGCAAGUGCCUCAAAAGCUGGAGCAGUGCAUGGCGAGCAAGCACUACCUCAGUACCACCGAUAUGCUGGUGUCUGCAGUUGAGUCUUUGGAAGGCCCCUUGCUGCAGGUGGAAGGACUGAGUGACCUCAGACUGGAGCUUCACAGCAAGAAGAUGAACCUGCACCUGGUGCUCAUCGACGAGCUGCAUCGGCACCUGUACAUCAGGUCCACCAGCCGAGUGGUGCAGCACGGCAAGGACAAGGGGAGGACGAGCCUUGGCAAAGAUGCAUCUCCAGGUCCCCUGCUCGAUGUGACCAACCUCCCGACUCCUCGCAAGUUCCUCGACGGCGCUCAGUACUCCGCUGCGGGCAGCUCCGGAGCAAAGGACAUAAACCUGCAGGACAUUAAAGAAGAUUUAGAACUGGAUCCAGAGGAGAACAGCACCCUUUUUAUGGGUGUCCUUAUCAAGGGACUGGCCAAACUGAAGAAGAUUCCAGAGACAGUCAAGGCAAUCAAGGAGCGCCUGGAGCAGGAGCUCAAGCAAAUCGUGAAGAGGUCGACAACCCAAGUGGCAGACAGUGGCUAUCAGAGAGGAGAGAACCUCCCUGUGGAAAACCAGCCAAGGUUGCUGCUGGAGCUGCUGGAGCUGCUGUUUGACAAGUUCAGUGCUGUGGCCUCUGCGCAUGCGGUGGUCCUGGGCUACCUGCAGGACGCCGUCAGGACACCAGUGGCUCAGCAGGAAGACGUGAAGCUGUAUGACAUGGCAGAUGUGUGGGUGAAGAUCCAGGAUGUCUUGCAGAUGCUAUUGACAGAGUAUUUGGAUAUGAAAAAUACUCGCACCGCCUCGGAACCAUCAGCCCAGCUGAGCUAUGCCAGUACUGGACGAGAACUUGCCUCCUUUUUUGCUAAGAAGAAACCUCAAAGGCCAAAAAAUUCUCUUUUCAAGUUUGAGUCCUCCUCCCACGCCAUCAGCAUGAGCGCCUACUUGCGAGAACAGAGAAGGGAGCUGUACAGUCGCAGUGGAGAACUUCAAGGGGGUCCUGAUGACAACCUAAUUGAAGGUGGAGGAACCAAAUUUGUCUGCAAACCAGGAGCCAGAAACAUUACCGUUAUAUUCCAUCCAUUACUAAGAUUCAUUCAGGAGAUUGAGCAUGCCCUUGAACUUGGCCCAGCUAAGCAGUGUCCUCUUCGAGAGUUUCUCACUGUGUACAUCAAGACCAUCUUCCUCAAUCAGGUCCUGACUGAGAUCAACAAGGAGAUUGAAGGAGUCACAAAAACGUCAGACCCCUUGAAGAUCCUCGCGAAUGCCGACACCAUGAAGGCCCUGGGAGUGCAGCGGCCUCUCCUGCAGAGCACAAUCAUUGUGGAAAAAACGGUGCAAGACCUCAUGGACCUGAUGCAUGAUUUGAGCGCAUAUUCGGAUCAGUUCCUCAACAUGGUGUGUGUGAAACUCCAGGAGUACAAGGACACCUGCUCAGCGGCUUACAGGGGCAUUGUUCAGUCUGAAGAAAAGCUGGUCAUCAGUGCAUCUUGGGCAAAGGAUGAUGACAUCAGCAGACUUUUGAAAUCGCUACCAAACUGGAUUAAUAUGGCUCAACCCAAACAGCUGAGGCCAAGGAGAGAUGAGGAGGAAGACUUCGUCAGGGCAGCCUUUGGCAAGGAGUCUGAAGUUCUGAUUGGGAACCUGGGAGAUAAACUCAUUCCUGCUCAAGACAUCCUUCGUGACGUCAGUGACCUCAAAGCCUUGGCCAAUGUGCAUGAAAGCCUGGAAUGGCUGGCAGGCCGAACCAAGGCCGCUUUCUCCCAUCUUUCUGCAUCCCAGACGCUUUCUCCAGCUCAGGAGAGCCACGUGAACAUGGACCUCCCACCAGUGUCGGAGCAGAUCCUGCAGACUCUGAGCGAACUCGCCAGGUCCUUCCAGGAGAUGGCCGACCGCUGCUUGCUGGUCCUGCACCUGGAAGUGAGGGUUCACUGCUUCCACUAUCUCAUCCCGCUGGCAAAGGAGGGGAACUACGCCAUCGUCGCUAAUGUGGAGAGUAUGGAUUACGACCCUCUGGUGGUCAAACUCAACAAAGACAUCAGCGCCAUCGAGGAGGCCAUGAGCGCCAGUCUGCAGCAGCACAAAUUCCAGUAUAUCUUUGAAGGCCUGGGACAUCUGAUCUCCUGCAUCCUCAUCAAUGGUGCCCAGUACUUCCGGCGCAUCAGUGAGUCUGGCAUCAAGAAAAUGUGCAGGAACAUCUUUGUUCUUCAGCAGAAUCUGACCAACAUCACCAUGUCACGGGAGGCCGACUUGGACUUUGCAAGGCAGUACUACGAGAUGCUGUACAACACGGCCGAUGAGCUGCUGAACCUGGUGGUGGACCAGGGUGUGAAGUACACGGAGCUCGAGUACACCCACGCGCUGACCCUGCUGCACCGCAGCCAGACAGGAGUGGGCGACCAGACGACCCAGAACAUGCGGCUGCAGCGGCUCAAGGAGAUCAUCUGUGAGCAGGCUGCCAUCAAGCAAGCCACCAAGGGCAAGAAAAUCACCACAGUCUAACCAAGCACAUGGCAGCACGGGUGGACGGCUGGCCCUUCCUACUUGCUCCAUCAGACCCACUUGUUUUCCAAGCUUGUUUGGCAUAGUCCGAGCUGACUUAAUUUUCUCUCUACUGAUGACGAGAAGACAUAAGGAUGUUUCCCCUUUUAGUUUGGGAACCCUAAAGGAUGUGUUGAACUAACAGCUGCUUCUAGAGACCUAGAGCAAGACAAGGAAGGGCUGUGUCCAGUUGGUGGUCUCUGCAAUAGGAAUGGAUGAAUUGGUAACCCCGGCUUCGUUUGUUGCUAUUGCCCAACAUAGAUAAAAUUCCAUCCUUGGAAAUCAAACUGGCACUAAAUUUUAGUCUCCGCCUAAAAACCACUUAUUAGGGUUCUGUUAUGCAACAGGAGUUUUGCUCCCUUAACCUUGUCAGUUUACAACUUAAUAAAAUAAAUAGGUGCAUUACUUUUUGUCUCUCUUGCCAAAAUCAAGAAAUUGACUUCAAAUAAAUGGCUUCUCUGUGGGCUCAAAUUUUCCCUAGUCCAGCAAAAUCUCUUUGGGGCUUAAAAGAUUGGGAAAACUCCUGUUAUCCCAGCCCUGAAAGAACUUGGUGUUCUGUAGCUAGUGCAUGGAUUCUAAGUUUUUUUUUUCUUUUCUAUUUUAUUUUUGCUGUUUCAAAACCAUAGAAUUAGUGACCAACAUGGAAGAAUAAUGACUCAGCCCUGCACUCAGUCCUCCUCCCACCCGUUUUCAGGAGAAAAUAACGGUGACACAGCUUUUCACCUCCCUUGAGAUGCCACUGGAGGUCAGAUGAUUCUAGAUGCUCACUGACUGUCCUUUUGAGUUCCUAGGUUUUUGUCUCCUUAAGGAGGAGCCCAGGUCAGUUCAGCUAAAUGCACAGGACAGCCGCAACACUUCUUCUUGCAGCCACCAGGUGGGGCUGUUCCUGGCAUGCUGGUCCCCAGUAAUGUCACAGGGGCAGCAAUGCAAGGACUGAGAUGACACUGGAAAAGUCAGGAAAACCCUUUGUCCCCAUCCAUGUGGUCGUGCACCAUGACCUCCUGGCUGGGAAUGUUAGACUUCCAUGCACAACUGUGGUCUUGGUGGGCAAAAUGGAAAAUUAAAAAAAUGUUUUGAGAGGCUGA